AUGGCCUAUGGAACCUGUCUGUUCGGCCACCCGAACAGCGGCAUUGUUAACCAUGGUAACAACUUGGUUCUUGGCAACCAAUGCGUUCGAAACGAUGAAGGCCUAGGUACUAUGCAGGUUUGGGAUUUUGGCGAGUUAAAUUCUCUCCCCCACACUUUCGACAGCCAUAUUAACCAAGGCAAGCCGGAAACUAAGCUGAUGCCAGAGUCUGUGGCUGCCUUUGGCACCAGGCCUAGCUGCGAAAGGUACCCGAGCGGAGUUUUUCUAGAUCAAGAUGGCGACGUCAUCAUGUGCGACUGCACCAGCAAAGUUAUGAUGGCGCCGUGCUUCAGUGACUGGUAUAUCAGGAGCCGGGAGUCCCAGAGGCAGCUUAGAAGGGACCAUGAGCAGCUGAUGCAGGAGCUUAGCGACUACAAGCUGAACCACCCAAGCAGUUGGUCCAAGGAAGAGGCGUUCCAACGUAUGUCUAUUGAACUGAGGAGCUACGUCGCGGACAAGUACGUCCAGCAUAUGAACGCGGAAGAAGAGGAGCGCAAAAGAAAGCUCAGGAUUCGUGGUUGGUAA